CAAAGUUCGAACUCGUACAGCGUACGCACUUGAGACGCCAAACGCCCGGGCGUAUAUAUGACGCGGUGGCUGGCCGGACUCCGGAACGGGCUUAAGAGCUGCGUGCGCGCGCAGUCGUCGGUCGCGUCGUCGCCCCGGGCUGCUUCUCCCCAUCAAGGUGACACACAGCGCCUGAAUCAAAUUAUGGCGGCGCGUCGCGCCACAGCUGAAUCAUGGUCUCCGCGCCAUCUUCAUGAUAUGAGCUCGAUGGCGUGGCGGCGUGGUCUCUCGCCGUUCGAUUCAGCCGGCGCGGCCGCGUUCUCGCCGAGAAAGCAAACGCCGCGACGCACAAAGCCACCCGACUCACCGGUCGAUGCGCGCGCAGGCUACGUCUUCCACAACGGCGGCGCCCGGGUGAUGGGCAGCGCGCAGGCCCUGCCCGAGCGCAUCGACAAGGACACGGCGGAGCGCGUCGCGGGGCGCCACUUCUGCUCGACGGACUUCGACGCGCUCGCCACCCAAACGCCGGGCUUCAUCUCGCGGGAGCAGCUCCUCGAGGCGGCGCGCGUGCGGAACCUGUCGUUCACGCUCCGCGAGAAGUCGCAGAAGAAAUUCGAUUUUGGCUUCGUGGCGGAGGAGAAGGAGGAUGCGUAAAGUCAUGUGCUCGUGAAUAUUA